AGAUGGGGGCGGAGGGAACCGGAGCUGUCACAGGCCCCGGGUCCGCCUGACCGAGCCAAGUGGGGUGUCAUGGCCGCGGGGGGCAGCGGCUGCACUUCCUCUGCGGGCGGCGGCGGCGGCAGCGGCCGGGGAGUUAAUCCUCGACGCUCGGGUCGGUCCCGUUUCCCUCUGUGCGGCGGCCGGCGGGACCAUAAGGGCUUAACUCAUAUAUUUAACCCCCCUCCAAAAAGGUUUGAAAGUAUUCUUGAAGGGCUGUUUGGACCUGCAUUAUUAAAAGAUCUCAGUUUAUUUAAAGACUGUGAACCUGAAAGCAUUUCUGAUUGGACUUUUGAUGAAAAUUGUCUGUUCUGUUGCUUGAGAAGAGAUAAAGUAAAGGGACACUUAGUCGGUCUGGAUGAGCCAGCUUCGGGAGCUGGGCAAGAAGCUCUGCUUAAACAAGAGCAAGCAAAAAUCAUUCGAUUCGAGAGACAAGCAGAAGAGUUCCUCAAUGCAGUCUUUUGUAGAAAAGACAGUCCCUGGGUCUCCGACCCCAAUAUUCCCCUAGUGGCCCGUGAGAUCAUGCAGCGAAUGAUCCAACAAUUUGCUGCUGAAUAUACCUCAAAAAAUAGCUCUACUCAGGACCCCAGCCAGCCCAAUAGCACAAAGAACCAAAGCCUGCCGAAAGCAUCUCCAGUCACCACCUCUCCCACGGCUGCAACUGCUCAGAACCCUGUGCUCAGCAAACUUCUCAUGGCUGACCAAGACUCACCUCUGGACCUUACUGUCAGAAAGUCUCAGUCAGAACCUAGCGAACAAGACGGUGUACUUGAUCUAUCCACUAAGAAAAGUCCGUGUGCUGGCAGCACUUCCCUGAGCCAUUCUCCAGGCUGCUCCAGUACUCAAGGGAACGGGCGACCUGGGAGACCCAGCCAGUACCGCCCAGACGGACUUCGGAGUGGUGAUGGGGUACCUCCAAGAAGCUUACAGGAUGGAACCAGGGAAGGUUUUGGACACUCCACAUCACUCAAAGUUCCACUGGCUCGAUCCCUGCAGAUUAGUGAAGAACUACUGAGCAGAAACCAAUUGUCCACAGCUGCCAGCCUUGGGCCGUCUGGAUUACAGAAUCAUGGACAGCACUUAAUAUUAUCCAGGGAAGCCUCUUGGGCAAAACCACAUUAUGAGUUCAACCUCAGCCGAAUGAAGUUCAGGGGAAAUGGUGCACUCAACAACAUCAGUGACCUUCCUUUUCUUGCAGAAAACUCUGCCUUUCCAAAAAUGGCACUUCAAGCAAAACAAGAUGGGAAAAAGGAUGUGAGCCAUUCAUCUCCUGUAGAUUUAAAGAUACCACAAGUUCGAGGAAUGGAUCUUUCUUGGGAAUCUCGCACUGGUGAUCAGUACAGCUAUAGCUCUUUGGUAAUGGGUUCACAAACGGAGAGCGCGCUUAGUAAAAAAUUAAGGGCUAUUCUUCCAAAACAAAAUAGAAAAAGCAUGUUAGAUGCUGGACCCGAUUCUUGGGGCUCAGAUGCUGAGCAGUCUACCUCUGGACAGCCAUAUCCCACAUCGGAUCAAGAAGGCGAUCCUGGCUCCAAGCAGCCUCGGAAGAAAAGAGGGCGUUACAGACAGUACAACAGUGAGAUACUGGAGGAAGCAAUCUCAGUGGUUAUGAGUGGAAAAAUGAGUGUUUCCAAAGCUCAGAGUAUUUAUGGGAUUCCCCACAGUACACUGGAGUACAAAGUAAAGGAGAGGCUGGGCACUUUGAAAAACCCUCCAAAGAAAAAGAUGAAGUUAAUGAGGUCGGAGGGGCCAGAUGUUUCUGUAAAGAUUGAAUUAGAUCCCCAGGGAGAGGCAGCACAAAGUGCAAAUGAAUCAAAAAAUGAGUAGGAAUACUGUAGAGUGCCAAUUACUGUACAAACUGGGUGAGCACUACUGCGUUGUUCAGCGGUCAUUGCUGCGCCUGACUUCAUUUUCUGUGACACUUGUUUCUCUGCAGACUUUGCAUUGACCUGUGUGUACAGAGAUGAAAGGUGCAUUCUGAAUGUUGCAUAUUUUAAAUUUUUCAUGUGCAGUAUGGCUCGAGAUAUUGUUUGGCCUUUUUGCAUGUUUCUCUACAAAAGAGAAUUGAGUUACCUCACAGAGAACAGAUACAUGGAAGUGGACUCCUUGCCUGUAGAGCCUGCAUGCUUUUCUUUCUUUUUUUCCUUAAGUUAUAUUUGCCUUUAUUUAAAAAGAAAAGAAAAAAGCCCCCUUUUAGAAACCACCUCUGUCGUUUGGGGAGCUUUAUCACUGCAAAUUGGAAAGCCAUCUUAUAAAAUUAUUCACAUUUUUUUCUUCAGAGAUUCAACUAAUUUAAGGGUUAAACUAAAGAAACUAAGAACAAUGAACCUUUGAAUUUAAGAAAUUUGACUAUUCAAUGAUAAAGAAUUCUUUGGAUCAAUUAACAUUUUUAUGGUUUCCUUCUCACUGUUAAGUUUACUUAACAAAUCAGCAAUCUGUUUAGUGCUCACCCAGAGGGGAAGGAGGUGGAAAAUGUGCACACACUACCUUCAGAAAUGCUUCGGUUAAUUAUGUUGUAACACUACCUUUGCUGUAAUUUCAUUUGGGAUUUUCUAAGGGUAGAAUUUGGUCUCACCCAACAAGUGAGGAUAUAGCCUUAUCUCAUGGAGGACGAGCUCCGUUCUUACUCAGGAGCAGUCAGGGUACAUUACAUAAAACAAUAGAGGAUGCCUCAUUUUAGCAAACUAAGUUUCUUUGUAUUCUUAAAUCUUUUUACAGAUUUGAUCAUGUGCUAACUAACGACUGAAUGUCAGUUGCAGCAACUAUUUUAAAAUUUUUAAGAUCUGUUUGUUGGGGGGAAUGGGAGAAAUGGGGGGAAAUGUGUGUGAGUAAUUAUAAUGCGAAAGUGGUAUCUAGGUUUUACAGCCUCAGUAAUCUGCUCAAAUAUCCACACAAGUGAAGAAUCUGUGUUUAUGGUGAGAGAAAAAAACACAACCCCAAGGUAACCUAAUGUGAUUUAGGUUGCAUUUCAGUUCUAACAAUAAUUCAAUCAGAAAUCAAGCUCCUUAGCAAUUCUUUUUUAACUAAUUCAAAUACUAGUACAAGGGGGGGCAGGGAUUUUUAGUUUUUAAUUUAAUUUGUUGUUUUGAACUUUUUUUGGCAUCCUACAUACUAUCCCUUUCUCAACUUUUCUGCUAUUUAGCUGAUUUUUAUGGUUGUUUAGCACACCGUUAGCACAGGACCUUUCAGAUUAUGUUCUGUAUAAGCACUCCUUAAAGAACAUCUAAGCUUUUUUUUUGAGAUGGGCUUUUAAAAAUCACACUGAUAAGGCUUGUAACAUUUAUUUUCUACAGUUUCUUUUGGAAGAAUAACAGGUAAAAAAAAGCCCAUGAAAUUUAAUUUUGCAUUGUGACCAAAUUUAAAUUACUCUUUCUUCAAAACAAAAUCUACCAUACAUGACCCGAUAUUCUUACCUACUGAAAAAGGUGAUCUGGCCCUUCUAAAUGCUUAACCAAAAACAAACCUCCAAAAAUCAUUGGAUUUUUUUGGGUGAAAUAAAAUCAAACUGGGAGCGUUAAGUUGAGGUUGAUGAUUUCUGAUGGAUACUAACAGUUUGAGGAGUAGGUCCAGAUAUUCCCAAGGCAUAAAUUCUUGCCUGGAAACUUUGGAGCAGUUAAUUAGGUUACCAAUAGUUUUUCCUUGGCACCCUGUGUGUUCAAAGGUUAGGCACACCAUUGCUGUUAUUAAAAUACACACAUUCUUGGCAUAGCCUGGACUUGGGUUCCUCUUUUGGUUUGGUUAUUAUGUGUAGCAGUUUGAUCGGUGGAUGACUGAGCCUGUUUCCUCUUAGUUCGCUAGUCUUCUCAGCAGAAAAAGCAGUUUGGGUUCAGAGCAGUGUAUGACUGCAGUAUUUUCUAGCCUAGCUGGAAGUUGCAAUAAAAAUACUUAAUGAAAUGUAUGGUUUUCAUCUGCAGUUGAAGGAAGUAGUAGAAAUUUUGCUAAAAGCAAAGGACUAAGCUUAUGAAGGAACACCUCCUUUGUUCCACACUUGAUUUGUCACACACAAUUAAUUGUAACCAUGGUGCCUUUUUGCAUGAUGUUUGGGAGCAUUCUAUAGCCCAGCAUUGCUGCAAAAAGGUCCUUUGAGCAAUUAAUUUGUGCUUCUUUUUAAUCCCCUCAGAAAGGCAUCAAUAAGGCCCAUUAAAAAAUCUGGCCCUAAAAGUUCAACUUUUGUAGAGUUUUACUGUUCAGAGAGGUUUUAAUCCCAUGUGGUAGUCUCUAAAGUGACGUAUGAGUUGAGUUAUGUAAAUUUUGUCAUUGUAGUGUAAUGGAGUGAUCAUUUUACUAACAUAAAUAUUUUCUAUGUGUGUUUCAGUGGAUGACAAUCGAGCAGCAGAAGAAUGGUGUGCCUACCCUUUAAUGCUGCAGUUUAAAUAAGAGAACUUGUAUUGUGUCAUUUCAGAUUGUAGGCUGAGAGUUGUAAAUAGUGAAAAUUUGAGUACUUCUAUUAUUUGUUUUGGUUAGAAAGUGAAUUUAAAAAAACAAACCAAACUCUAAACUUUCUCAGAUUAAAAGUCCUGAGACCUGAAGAUUGUAAUAUUCAUGUCUGUGAAGCUUUUAAACAUUACACUUGAGAUCAGUCAUGACUUGAUAUUCAGGUAAAUUUUCUUUUCCAAGAAGCUUUUGAAUAAGCCUAUUUCCUCCAAAGGUCGGUUGGUCUCUCUCUCUCUUUUUCUCUUUGAGUGUAGAUUAUUUUAAAGCACUAAUUGCAUUACACUGGUAACUGCAAUAUAAAAUAGCCAUUAUUGUUUUGUGAAGCAUGGUUGAAAUUAGAUAGUGGUCCCUUUUAAAUUUCAUGAGCCUCUCAAAAAAAAAAACUUUAAAAAAAAUACAGAAAGCUGCUGAAUAUUUCAAAAGAUAUAUAUUUUACCUUAUUGUAGGUUUUGUAAAGUUAGUUUGUAAUAUUCAGGUGCACUUUUAAUGUUAAAUUUUGUGUUCAGAGUUCCAUUAUACCAUGUGUUCCUUGGACGUGGCUCAUCACAUGGCUGGCUAUCAGUCUUGGUGCCGCAGUGAUCCUGUAAUAUUUGAUUUCCCUCUUGAUUUGCCACUAUUCUGUAUUGGCACUUUCAGUGUAGAUAUUCUAGUUUGGGGACAUCCUCAUAAAUGUGUAAUAGCGAUUGGUCCAUUCGCAUGCUUAAUUUCUGCUAAUCAGAGUUUUGCAUGGCCCAAACAACAGUUGACCAUUUUUAUGGUAUGGGAAAGUAUAGUUCACAACUAUCUUUGUCACAAAAGCCUUUUCUCCUUUCAUUUUCCAGUAGGCAGAUGAUGACAUUACUUCAACUAUAUAUUACUCAAACUAAUGUUAGAAAGAGAGAGUGUAUUUAAAAUCAAUUCCUACAUUUUUUAUGAGAAAACAUAGAUAUAGAGUAGAUAAGCUAUGGCACUAUAAAGUCAAAAAACACUAAUUCUGUGGAAGGAUUUCUAGGUGGUAUUUUUAGCAUUCUCACUUCUGAAACAGUCAUCAAGCUUGACAGUAAUGUGUUUAUCCCUUGUUCAGAAGGCUUACAAGUGACUGAACUGUGUUUGUGAUGAGCUAUACACUUCUUUCUGUUCCCCAAAUACCAUGAAGGACAAGGUCUCUCUUUCAGGAAAAAUAAUUUAUAUUUGUGUAUAGUACUUUUUAAUGUUAAGUUUGUUGUUAUUCUGAAGUUUAGAUGUUGCUUGACAAACCUUUGCUGCAGCAGAUCAUGGAUAUGAGUAAGGCUUUGUGUGAUAAUAGGGGUCCUUAUGUGAAGUUAAUUACUGUUCAGUUCUGGUGAGCAAGCUCAACAAGUGUAAAGUGUAUAUUAGCUUUAUUUGGUACACUUUUACUUUACAAUAUUGAAGUGCUUUUAGAACUCUGGUUAUCUUAUAUAAACCAUUACCUCAAUCAAUUGGCAUUUCCAUUCCCCAGCAUUUUACCUGAGCUAUUUAUAAGAUGAGCUCUAUGGGAUCAGAUAGUAAGAUAAGUAAGGCACAAUGAGAAGUUUAGUUCCCAAUUUUCUGGAGAGAACUCUAAAUUAAACUAAAAAUGACUACCUGCAAAGGCUCAUACCGUAACUACCUGUUGUCGUUAGGCAGUACUUAGCAACCUUGGAGCUGCUAGUGCGCUGUGUUCUCCCCCUGCCCCAAGUAAGCACAUGGUGCGAGGCUGGGCUAAGCCUUUGUGACUCUUUCUAUUUCAUUGACCCAUAAUAGUGACGCUUGGAUUCAGUCAGUUAUUUUUAUAAAACAAAUUAUUGAGUCAGCCCAGUGUCAGAACCUGAAAUUAUUUUGAGUAGUUACAGCCGAUAUGACAGCUCAGCAUCAUUUUCUAAAAGCUGUUACCCCUGUAGAUUUAGUUUUGAAACUACACAUCUUUCUUUUGUAAUUAUUCUUUCUUUAACUAAAUGCCAGAGUUUGUUUUUAUGUGAACCACCCUUUUCUAUGUAUUCAGGUUGCUGUCAUUGGUGAUGGAAUAUGGCAAUAGACUGAAUUGUUCUACUUAGUCUUUUAUAGGAGACAUUAAAAGUUAUAGGUUAAAUUUUGGCUUUCAUGAAGAUAGCGAAGAUUGUUUUCCUUGUUACUUUCCAUUAUAAUUAGGUCUUCAUUAAUACUAUGGUCAGGCCAGUGUUAUUAAACUUAAUGGCUUUAACCAAACAGCCCAUUUGGAAACUUGACUAAGCUAUGUAAAGAUUUUUUUAAAAAUCUAAUUGCUUUCAAGCACUACUGAAAAGGAAAAAAGUAUAAUCUUGGUACAAGGAAUGCAGACCUCCAAAGUCUUGGUUUUUUUCCGAUACAUUCUGUCCUUGAGACUUGAGUAGGAUUUGUGAACACGGUGACUGAAGGGAAAAUAGAGGAAAUUCUUUUCAUAUUCUCUGUCUCUCAUUCCCAAAUAAACUCACAGUUGCUUUUUAAAGAAGCAGACAUUGGCCCUGUAGCUGUGUGCCCUAAGUGCUAUGAAGGAGAUUGGAAGAGGGAAUUGGGAAGUAGGGUGGGGGAAAGUAAGUAAAAUUGAGGAAAGGAUUCCACCCUACAACUAACUCCUGAGUCGCAGGAUAGAGAACAUAGUACAGUUUGGGCCACCUUCAUGUGAUAGUCAGAAAAAUCUUUUAGAGUAUUUGAAAAGUGAGAAUCAAGACAAAUUAAUGUUGGCUUGACAGAUAAUAAAAUAUGAGUUAAUUCUGCAACUAUUGGGGGGGUAAUUUUAAGGUUUCCAGUUCAUGUAGAGCUAUAUCAAAAGCCGAAAAGCAAGCACUUUUAGUUAAUUGUAGAUUUAUUGGAUGUAGCAAAUAUAAUCAUAAUAUUUAAUCUUUAUUGUUUGAAUAUGAAAAAAAACUCUUUACCCAAUCUUGAACUGUCACUCAGCAUCAGGUUCAAGAUGGUGUUUUCAACACUGGAAAUGACCCUACACACAUACCAAAAAAAAAAUCUAAAGCAGUAAGACAUAUUUUAAGAUCCAUACCUCUUAGACUUUUUAGAUUUGUCUUGGGAAAGAAUUUAUGAACCUGUAACCAGUAUUAGUGCAGUCUUGGGUUCCUUAUUCUGCAUAAUUGCACCCUUUCUCAGGUAUGUCCUGAAAACAUAAAUUUUAAAAUAAUCUCUUUAGAGAUUAGAUUCUCAGUGGAUAGUGUGUAAGGGGACUGGGGGCGGGGGGAGGGUGGGUUGGACACAGGACACUGACACAGUAGAGCAGGGAUUUUUAACAUACAUUAGCCAAAUAGAAUUUCAAUCUAGAAUAUUUUACCCCCUCAGAAGGAGUUGAAUAACAUCUGUUCUUUGGUAACUACUCGGUGCUACACUCCUAAAAGUCUUUUCUUUCAAUCCAGGUGACUUUUUUUCCCGCUUGGUGGAAUAUAGUGAACUUUACUGUCACUUAGGAAAGCACUUCUCUGAAAUGUUUAAAGUACUAGAAAAGGGAUAAUUCAGCACUUUUUCUGUUACAACACUAAAGUCUUAAUUUAUCUUCAGAGUCUUAGGUACUGUAAGUUUUAGGAUGAUUAUUUAAAAAUAUAAAACAUAUUACAUACUAUGGGAUCAGAUCACAUUUAUAUAAAUAAUUCUUGUCUUAAUUUUUAAAAAGACAAUAACAUUUUGUACCUUUCAAGCAAUUCCAAGUGAUUGCCUCAUUUUCCCCAUUUCAUUAAGCAUUUCAGGCUGAGGAUUUGGAAUUUGAGAGGAGGUGAGGGGGAAAUUCCCCAAAAUGAAAAAUUGUGUUGGACAGUUUUAGGAAAAUAAAUCACUAGGAAAAUGGGUAGGGAUUCUCUCUCCCUUUAAGUCUUCAGGGAAUGAGCAGUAUUUAGAAUCUUUGGCUGAAAUUCAAGCCUUUUUACUGUGUAAAUUUUUAAUAUUAAUUCACUGACAUGCUUUUUACAUCAGAGGACUGAAAAUGGAUCUUAAUGUUUUUAAGUUGUGGAAGGGUAUAUUUCUAAAAUGAGGGGGGAUAAUUAACUAGAUUAGUAUACCAGCAUUAGUAAGUUUAAGGAAUUUUAGUAUGUAAUAGCAAAGUGUUUGAUUAAAAGUCUAAUCCUAUAUUGCUAGUCGAAAUUAGUUACAUUCUGAUCUAGGAAAGAUAUAGUCAUUGGAUAUUGAUAUGCUGUGCUGUCAGAAAACCAGACUAAGAUAGAAACCUUUAUCUGACUCCCACAUGUUGCUUGUUCUGAUGGGAUGUAUACUUUACAGCAGCUUAUUGCUGCUUUGAGAAGAAAUGUAUAAACUAUACAUUUGGAGUGUUUGCAUAUAAUUCUUUAUAACCUCCACUUUAAACUGUCAGACAUUGGUAUUUUAUCAGUCCACACUGUUAAAUAAAGCUAAUGUUCUUAGGAAUCCAACCUGUACACACUGUUUAAAAACCCUCAGGGACAGUUUACACACUAUUCUCACUCAAUUCAGGUACUUUGAUGCUAUUCUUAAACCUAACAGUGACUUGUUUCUGUUUUGCUUUUAUUUUGACGUGCUGGUAGCACAUCCUUGAUGAAUGUCAACUUAAAAAACUCAGUUCAGGUAUCCAGGUAUAACUCAGCCAAACAGAUUUUAAAGCUGCAUAUAACUCUCCAGCACACGGUGCCUCACACUCUUAUAGUGGCAUUCUAUAUAUUCAGUUAUUACUACUGAGCAGAUAAUAUGGGGGUUCCUGUUAACAGUGUAUUUAAAAAAACAAAACGUGCAUAAAUGUAUAGCCAGCACAUGCAACACACAUAUACACAGUUAAACUAUAUAUUUUUAAAUGCCACUAAUAGCCAGCACAAUGAAAUAACAUUCCUUGCUGCUUCUGUACAAUAUGACAGAUGCAGUUCUUCCUCAAUGUGGCUCUUGCUUCUUCACCAUACUACUACUAAAUUCAAGCACUGGUCCUUGGGUGUCUGACCUCUACAUUCUAGUUUAUGCAAUGUCUUUAGAGAAUUCUGUGCACUGGCCACUGUGAUGGAACCAUUGGGCCAGGAGUGCUCUGAUUUAUUAGUAGUGAUUCUGCCAAAGUUGGUGUUGUAACAUGAGUAUGUAAAUGUCAAACAAUUAGCAGAGGUCUAGGACUACAUAUCAGCAGACAGUUUUUGUCAGUAUAUUUUGUAGCCUAGAAGCCUUUAGUGACAAGUUUCUGAUGUGAAGUUCUAAUUCCAGUUUUAGCCCUUUGCAUCUUUUAAUGUUAAGACUUGUCUGCUAGAGAUCUUUAUUCUUUAAAACUCCUUUUGUUUUCUGCAGUACUAUCUGUGGUUAACAAAACAGAUUAUUCCUCUGCUUUAAUAUUUGAUAUCUUACAUCUAAAAGGCAUUCUCCACAUAUAAAACCUAACCUUUGAAGAUACAGAAAACGGCAUCUUUCAGAUUUCUAAAAGUUCAAGUGUCAUGCAACAAAACAGGAACCCCCUUUACUCUUAUGGACCUCAUUUCAAUAUACUGUUUACAGUUUGACGGAAUUGUAUAAUUUAAUAUUUCUCUUGUACUGUAGUUUAUAUUUAUUUACAGAUUUUUUUGUACGGUGUGAUUUGAACUUUUUGUUCCUUGCUAUGAUCAAUGUUUAUGUAGUAGAGCACUUACGAUCACAAAUUAAGUUCUUUGGUUUGAUUGCACUACAUUAAAUUUUUUUAAUGCAGUUCUGAUUUUUGACUGGACUAAAAUAAGCUGUGUCUUAAUGUAUGUGAUGAGUACUUAAAAUUUUAAUCCAUGUGGUUCCCCCCCCCCCUUUUUUUUUGCAUUGUAUGUCAGACGCGCUAGUUCUUUCAUGCAUGUGUAAGAGUUAAUGGUUCCAUUGUAUUAUUUGACCAUGACAUUUUGGAGAAACAUUCCCAGCUGUAAUGUUGUGUAUGGUAGUUCUCACUGGAUGCUAGACUUUUCAAAACCACUAUUCUUCUAAUAAAUUUUGUUGUGAAAACUG